AUGAAGUCCACUCUUUACUUCAUCGCCCUCGGUUUCGCAGGCUUUGCCCAGUCUACUUCUGUCUCCAGCUCCAGCUCCCUGUUUCCAGGCACUGCAACUACUGCAAGUGCAGCCUGGCUAACCCAUUUCGAUCAAUUCCGCCAGCAACAUGAGCCCUUGGAUCCUGCUCAGUCUGCCGUCAUCGAUAAGGCCACCGACCUUGUGAAGCAAGGACAGAAUUUCGACCCCAAGGCCAUGGACACUCUGAAGAACGAUGCUAUCUCCGCCUUUGGAUUCAAGGACGCCAAGUCCCUUCUUGCCACCAUGGAUGAUAAGCCAUUGCAGCCUCGGGAUAAUAAUGAGCAGUGUGGUUGCGCCACCCAGUCUGACUACUGUGAUUCUGGUUACCAUUGCGUUGGAGGAGGUUGUACCCAGACCGGUUCCGGCUGUGGAACUUUCUAUGAGUAUCCUUGUGACGGGCUCUGUCGUCUUGCCUAG